GAAUAUAAGUUGUACGAGAUGCAUGUUUUCAGUACAGAAGUCAAACUGUCAAGCUGUUGUGUGUGUCCAGUUCAAGGCAGUUGGUGCAUUUACUGUUGUUUUGUUUCAAUCAGAACGGAUUAAUUUCCCUAGUACAGAAGUUCUAUUUGUGUUCUAAAACAACCACAAGACAAGCAGAAUGACCAAGGAAGGUGAAGAAACUGUUGUUGAGCAAGUUGCUGCAGUCCCAGAGGGUGAUGACGUCAAGACAGCCGACCCUGUGACUGAAGAGAAAACUACUGAUGGCACAGCUGCAGGAGAGACAACUGCUGAUGACACAGCUACAGGGGAGACAACUGCUGAUGACACAGCUACAGGGGAGACAACUGCUGAGGCUCAGAAUGAUGAGACAGCAGCAGCAGCAGAGGAAAAAACAGCUGAUUCAGGCGGGGACGAGAAGCCAGCUGAGGCCACAGAAACAAAAGCAGAGGAAGCACCUGCACCAGCUGAGGAGAGUUCAGGCCAAGGAGACAGUACACCAGCUGCAGAAUCCACGGAGACAAAAGAAGAGUCUGCCACUGACUGUACUGAUGGUGAGAAAACAGAAGAAACACCAGCUACCACAGAAGAAAAAUCAGAGGAGACACCUGCUGUUACGGAAGAGACACCAGCUGCUACCGACGAAGCACCAGCUGCAGCAGAAGAAAAAUCAGAAGAAACACCAGCUGCAACAGAAGAAACACCAGCAACAACAGAAGAAACACCAGCUGCAACAGAAGAAACACCAGCUGCAACAGAAGAAACACCAGCAACAACAGAAGAGACACCAGCAUCAACAGAAGAGACACCCGCUGCUACUGAAGAGACACCAGCUGCAACAGAGACGACUGAAGAAACACCAGCAGCUGAAGAGACAAAAGAGUCAUCAGGGGAGACAACAGCUGAAAGUCAGGGAGAACCUACAGAAAAGGCAGCUGAAGAGACCACAGCAAAUGAGGCAUCAACCGAAGUUGCUGAAAUAACAGAGAAGCCAACAGAAGAUGCAACAGAAGCAGCUGUAACCGAAACAGUAGCAGCUGCUGCAUCUGCCCCUGCAGUAGAAACAUCAGGGGAGGCUGACUGUAAAGAAGACCAGGAACAGAUCACAGAGUCGUCACUGACAAACCCAGAUGCUGAGAAAGAAGCAUUCCAGGAACUUGUGGACAAGAAUGCUGAACUUAAACAUGACGCUAGCUCUGCUAGUGAGGCACAGGGGACUCUGACAAAGUCCUUGGAUGAGAAGGAGAUGGAGAUUGAGAAGCUUAAGGCACAGCUGCAGAAGGAACAAGAAGAGAAGCAACAGCUGAAGUCUCAAGUGGAAACACUGAAGGAGUUUGAGGAAUGGGGAGAAAAUAACGGCGAGAAAAUGAAGGAAACUCAGAAAAAACUUGUCACAUUUGCAAACGAUAAUGAAGAAAAAGAUAAGAAAAUUGUCUACCUGGACAAGGAGCUUGCAAUGACCAACUCAAAGCUGAAGGCAGCAGAGGAACAAGUUAAUGCUAAAGGUAACGAAGGAAAGGCCCCCCAGUCCAGGACCUGUGCUGUUAUGUAACCUCACUACAGGAUGAAAACGUUUCUGAUGCUAAUAAGGAUUCAGGGCAUCCUGUGAGUAAGAGCUUACACUCCAGGAGGAACUAUCAUAUUUAUUCCAUUAUUUAUGAACCGAAAAUCAAUUUUGGGGGGUUAGAACUUACACUUCAAGAGGAACUAUCAUAUUUAUUCCAUUAUUUAUGAACCGAAAAAUAUUUCCUUUCUUUCUUGACUGUUCUGUUCUUGAAGAAGGUUGAACUGACUAUUUCUGUUGUCCAUCAUGGCCAAGCAGAACAUUGCUGUGAUACCGUCCAUGGUCUGUGAUGUGUGAUGUGUCUGUUGACACGAACAUUCAUCAAGAAGUGACUGACUGACAGUAUUGUGAAGAGUUCUUCGUUACAUCUCACCACUGUUGUACCAUUGUAAGGAACAGAAGUAAAAGUCAGUAUUGUUUCA